CGGUCCUGAGAGAGGUCUGAGCACCUGUCUGACACAAUAGCCUGAACCUUACACUGUGUCCCACACAUACAGACACUGACUAGUGACUACUCUGACAGAGGAAGUGAUGCAUGUGCAUUCAACUGUGAUGACCCGUCCUCACAGGAAGAGCAGAGGAGCUGGAAGCAGAAGAUGCCACGCUGGUCGAUACAUGUACCAUGAGGAGUACAGGAGAGCUACGCUGAAGACAGACGGGAGAAAACAGUUCACCUGGACACAUUUCACAGGUCACGUUGAGCCCAUGCGGUGGUCCAUGCUAGCCCUGCUGCUCUUGUCCUGCAGCCAGAUAUUUGCCCAGUGCCCAGGUGACAUCUGUCCACAGAACGCCGACCCCGAACAGGAUGAUGUCACGGCCAACCCUGUGCCGACCGUGGAUCCUAAACUCUUUAACAAGAGACGGUAUCGCUCACCUCGCGUUCUGUUCAGCGAACUACCGCCCGACUCAGAGCCCGCUGGGCACCAGAUGAGGAGCAGGGCGAAGAGGAAAGCAGGAGAGCCUCAACACCGUGGAGUUUACUCCGUCUGCGAGAGUACUAGCACUUGGGAGGGAAAUAAAACCAGAGCUACAGACAUCUCGGGUAAUGAGGUCACAGUCUUGCCUGAUGUUCUCAUCAACAACUCCAAAAAAAAGCAGUACUUUUUUGAGACGACCUGCAGCAGCGGGCGGACUGGAGGAUCCGGGUGUUUGGGAAUUGAUGCACGCCACUGGAAUUCACACUGUACCAAUUCACACACGUUUGUGCGAGCGCUGACUUCAUUCAAGAACCUGGUAGCAUGGAGACUCAUAAGGAUCAAUGUAGCUUGUGUGUGUGUGCUGAGCCGAAAGUCUUGGAGACAAUAACAAACUGGCUGCUUUUCAACACGCCAGCGCCGGCCUUAUGAUAUUAAACUUGAUAUUCCUCCACGUGGACAUUUUCCUUGUGCAAACUAUCCACUUAACUUAUGACAUAAAGCAGACUGUUUAAGGAGAAUAAAUAUGAUGUUUUUGACAUAGGAAACUACAGUGGAAAGACUUGGACUUCAGAGUGUUUUUUCAGUUCUUUUUUUAAGUAUUUCUGUCUUGUUAAGAUAAUAGUUUUCUUUUGGAGCAGUACGAGAACAUGUACAUACAGUGUUGUGUGUGGUAAUUGUUAUUUAUUAAACUGCAUCAUUAUUGUCUAGUUUAUUUUGUGCAUAUUAGGAGAUGAGGUCAUUUUAAAGGAACAUUCUAAGUUAAUUACAACUUAAAAUUUUAAUGUCUGUCAUCAUUUACUCAUACUUGAAAACCUCAGUCUCCGUUCAUUAUAAUUGCAUUGAACUAUUUGUCUUUUUGUUUCUUCUGUAGAAGAAAUAAAGUUAUAUGGGUUUGGAAUGACAUGAGAGUGAGUAAAUGAUGACCGAAAUUUCACUUUUGGAUGAGCCUAUUGUUAAUGUGACUUCAAAAGAAACCUAAUUUCCUUUCUAAUACGUUCAUGUUGAUUUGUGCACAUUUUUCCAAAGGAAUUAAUGACUGAAUGACUUUCAUUUUUGGCUGAUGUCACCAAGCCCCUCCAACCAAAAUUUUCACAGACAGCUUGUCAGUCAGUUACCAAUGGUUCAAAAAGUCCAGGCUCCAGUUGCAAGAAGUGUAUUGUAAAGAGUUUUCUAAACCUUAGGGAUUUCUUACAAACCCCUACUGGCCUAUAUGUUCUUGUUAAAUAUACUGACUCUAAAAUACAUCAUCUUAUCAAAUUAAAAUGGUUUCAUGUUGACUGAA